AUGGUUAUACUCGACAUAUCCUCAUUUACAUGGACACAAUGGGCAUGGGUUUUCGCAACUGUUCUAGCGUCCUAUCUUGCGAGCAGUUGCAUCUACCUCCUCUACUUUCACCCUGCAUCCAAGUUUCCUGGACCGAAACUCGCAGCGGUUUCCUAUGUCACGUAUUGUUCUCACUGGAUACGGGGACGGUAUCCAUGGUUUUUGGAGGAAAUGCUGCAUGAAUAUGGAGAUGCAGUGCGUAUAGGACCAAAUGAAGUCGCAUUUUUUACGCCACAAGCUGCAGAGGAUAUCUAUGGUGCCGCCAUCAAAGGUCAAGAACUGUUCCUGAAAACCGACUUGAUGAAUUUCGGUACUGGUGAUCUGGGCUACAUAUGGGAGAAUGAUCCUGUCAAACGCAAGGCAGCAGCGAAGAAAAUCUUGCCAGCGCUGAGUACGAAAGCGAUCCGAAACAUGGAGCCAACUAUUCACUUCUACCUCGACCUUUUCAUAUCCAAGAUGAAAGACCAUGGUACUAAUCCUGAAGGCUGUCUCAUGAGCGACUGGCUGCUUUGGUUAGCUACCGACAUGGCAGCAGAUCUAACAUACAACCGAGAGUUUCAUCAUAUGAGGGACGGCAAAGGUUCAGACUUCCUCGAGACACUUCGCGGUACCAGUUUUGUCGGGAUAUUAAUGCAGCUCUCAAAGAAAAUACCCAUGAUCAAACUCAUUACACCUUUCUUCAUCCCACUUAAGGUGUUACGAAAUGUUCCAGCAUCAUUCCGAGCAAACAGUGCAGAGGUAAAAUCGCGAAUUGAAAAACGGGGGAACACUGCACACCCAGAUUUCAUGGACUUCAUGAUUGCUCCAGAUGGGCCAUCUCCUAUGACCAAGAAGGAGCUCACCCAUAUUGAACAAGUGGCAUUACAGAUGUUUAUCGCGGGUUUUGAUCCCGUGCAGAUUACGUUUUAUGCUUUCAUUUUCCUUCUACUUAAAAAUCCUCAGGUAUGCACCACAUUAACGAAGGAGAUAAGAGACUCAUUCAAGAGCUAUGAGGAAAUAACUCCACAAGCCUUACUAAGUCUCAAGUAUCUGGCUGCUUUUAUCUCUGAAACCUUGCGAGUGUACUUACCAGCUUCUACUGGCAGCCCUCGUGUUAGUCCAGGUGCCAUUGUAGACGGAGUAUAUGUAGCCAAAGGGAUUGUCUGUCAACUCAGCACAUUCACAGCACAACGUCACGAGCGUUGGUUUCGUGACCCCUUAGAAUUCCAUCCCGAGCGCUGGCUGCCACAAGAACAUCCACUAUAUGACGAAAAGUAUGCCGACGACAAUCUCAAGGCUGCUUUUCCAUUUGGUCUUGGCCCACGACAGUGCCCUGGUAAAGAGAUUGCGUGGGUUCAAUGUAGAUUGUUCCUUGGAAAGCUGCUUUGGUCGUUCGAUCUAGAAGGAGUCUCCGGGCAUGAGAAGUAUUUCGAUAAAGACUUUAAAGCAUACCUUAUGUGGGAGCGUCCAGAGUUGUGGGUGCGGUUUUUGCCUGCCAGGGAUUGA